AGUUCGAUCGGCAUCUCCAAUCUUACACAUGGUAACUCACUCCCCGAUAUCAGUUGAUGACAGCUCACCCAUAUAUCUCCGGUAGUUACACCUUGCCUCGCCACCACACGACUUAUGUUCUCUGCCAGGAACGAAUCAUUUUUCUCAAUUCGCCAUUCCUAUUUUUGAUCGGGAGCAAUUUUUGGCAGUGCUAUACCCAGUGGAACGAUAGCCAUGCCAAUCGUGACUUGUUCUCCUCAGAGUGCGGGCGCCGGCGAAGAGCCAUCUGGCGCCCACGCGACAGAAAAGGCGCCUCAGGCAUGUUACUCAUGCAGAAAACAGAAGCGCAAGUGCGAUAAAGCCAUCCCAGCCUGCAGUCUUUGCUCGCGAAUGGCACGCCGUUGCGAUUAUUCGGAGACCCAGCCGCCCCCAACGGCCGAGGAUAUCAUAGGGCUGCAGUUGAAGCUGGUUGAACUGGAGAACCGACUAGACUACACCGGUGCGGCGGCUGCCGCUGAGGCCACUCUGCCCGUGUCGCAUACCCCACAGUUGCUAUCGCGAGAAUCGCUGUGGCAGAGCUGCCCGAGUACUUUCCCUUCCGCCUUCUUUCUCGACUCUCGUGUGUACCAAUGGAGUGGCCUUAUGUUACCCAAGCCUACGUCUGAUAUACCUCAUGAUGUGUUAUCGUGUAUUGGCAGCGCAGAGGAGAUCGAGCAGACGGUAUCAGACUACUUUGGCGACAUCCAUCCGUGGUUUCCCAUGACGUCACGAAAGCUCGUGACAAUAGUCUUUCCAUCAUGGGAGGCGGGCAGCGACGUGGCACUACUACUCUUGACCAUGAAACUAAUCACCUCGCAACCACAAGACGGCUUCACGGCCGCAGAAAAUUUUCUUUACACAGCAUCGAAAAGCUUCGCCGCCCUAUUGGAGGCCACAGGGACUACUUCGCUGCAUUACCUCCAGGGUUUGAUACUUAUAGCCUUAUAUGAGUAUGGGCAGGGAAUCUACCCACCCGCAUGGAUGACAGUCGGACAGUGUGUACGUUAUGCCGAGUUUCUUGGACUGCCAUCAUAUAAAGACACCAAUGCCGCAUUGGGACCAUUUUUGACUCCUUUUCAGGCAACAUGGGCCGAGUCCGAAGAACGCCGCCGAGUCUGGUGGGCUGUCUACAUCCUCGACAAACUCGUCUCUCUGGGCUCCUGCAAACGCCCCAUGUGUCCCGAACCUUUACCCACCGACCUAACCCCCACCGAUGACAGGGUCUGGGACAGCGGUGAGCCGGCCGACUCCAUGCAAACCACCGUAGCCUCCGCGGCUGUCAAACCUCAAUCGCCCUUUGCACGCCUCUGUCAGUCGGCACUGCUCGUGUCUCGGGUACUGCAUCAUCACGCAGUAACAGAACGUCACAGACUCAGCGGCGAGCAUGUCGACUACAACGAGUUCGCCACUCUAACCGAUACAACCCAAAACCUGCACGAAACUCUCGAGGCGGACUUCAGGGCCUGUCCAGCGUCCUACUUCAGCCUGUUGCCCGCGCGCUGCGUCGCCUUCUCCGCCUCGCUCAACGUACAUGCCAACUACGCCUAUGGCGACUGGCUGAACUGCCAACUCACCACCACCGGUCCUUGGACCGACCAAGAGCUAACCGUCAAACUAACCGCCCAAAAAAACCUGCAGAAAAUUGCCGCUCACGUGCGCGACUUCGCAUCCAAUCUCUUUGCCCUACUGGCGCAGGACGAAGACGUCGUCAAGACGCCGCCCAUGGUGCUGGAUGCCGUGUACGCGGCGGCGGUCACGUUUCUUGACAUGUGGAAGGAGAGCGGGGGUGGGGACGUCGUGGCGGAGGGGAGUCUGGAGACGCUGAGGAAGUGCUUGAUUAGGCUGAGUGGGCGGUGGAGGAGGGGAAGAGAGUUGCUGGGGAUCUUGGAGACGAGGAAGAUGGGGUAUGGUUUGGGUGACUUAGGGGGAGUAGUUAGCGGGUGUGGGAGCGGCAGUGGGAUUCCUUUGGCUAUUCCGUCUAUGGGGGUGUAAGGUAUAAUCUGGGUGACUUGUGGGGAGGUAGCGGGAGCGGGAGAGGAAUCCCACCGGUCUUUUCGUCUACGCGAGGGUGAGGUGAACGAAGUUCUGGUGAAUUUUAGGAAUUGGAGUUUCGUGGUGUUGGAAUCGAGAAAUUUCGGGGUAUACAUCAUCUUUUAUCCUUCUGGGGCGAGGAAACAAGGGGGGCGGGGUUACAUUGUAUAUUGUAAUUCGGACCGGAAUAUUAAGGCCCGGUCACUAAAGACCUAGACGGUUACAAUGUCUAAAGCACAUCUUACAUGGGCUGGAAAUAGACCAA